CGCUGAAGUUGGCAUUCUUGCUUCGAACCGCUAACUGUUCGGAUGUGAAAAAAGAGUGGCGCUAAAAUCGUUUGUAUACUAUACAUAUAUAUUUUGAAUACCUCGGAAAUCUCACCAGAAUCACCGAAACUUUCACGGAAAUUUCCAAAAUCUAAUUUCUAAUUUACUGCGAAUAAUCAAGUAGCAUUAGUAAAAAAAAUCGUUAGGGAAUUGCAUUGAGUACCGAAUGCGGAACUUGCCAAAAAGUUGUUUUUUGAUUAAUUACGGGUAAUAUUUUGUAAUUGUAUUUAAAAGUGAAUAGUUGUUCCUUGUUUUUGGAGGAUAAGUAGUAUUUUUAGACCGUCUGGAGGAAAGUAACCAGUCAACAUGAGCUUCCACAAGAGCAAUUCAAAGACACCCUUGUCGCCGCAUAAACCGCCAUCGAUACGAUAUCCUAAAAUUCCGCCAGUGAUCACAAACUAUGAUCCGAAGAAGCAGUACGCAUCUCAGGAUAGCGCGAAUUCUAUCUACGCAAAAUACAAGGCCGAAAUGAACGAUGUUCCGGCACAACAGGUGGCAGGAUCCACACUGCCCUUGGUGGAAAUUCCACGGGAUGAGGAGGCGAACGACUAUAACCCCUUUGAGCAUCGGAAGCUGACACAUCCAACAUCCGAUGUAGAAACAUUAGUACAUCUAUUGAAAGGAUCUCUUGGCUCCGGUAUUUUGGCAAUGCCAUUGGCUUUCCUCAACGCGGGAUUAUGGUUCGGGUUGAUAGCGACAUUUGCAGUCGGUGCGAUUUGUACAUAUUGUGUUCACAUCUUGGUUAAAUGUGCUCAUAUCUUGUGUAGGCGAAGACAAAUACCUGCACUGGGAUUCGCGGAUGUUGCUGAAACAGCCUUCUUGGAUGGGCCAGAAGCUUUGCACAAAUAUUCUCGUAUGAUACGCUUCAUUAUCAAUACGUUCCUAGUAGUGGAUCUGAUUGGAUGCUGCUGCGUCUAUAUUGUGUUCGUUGGCACAAAUCUAAAACAGGUAGUGGAUUUCUACCUGGAAAUUGACAUGGAUGUACGGCUGUACAUGGCUUCACUGUUACUGCCGCUAAUCAUCAUUAACUUGAUCCGAAAUCUCAAGUUUCUAACACCAUUCUCCAUGAUUGCAAAUAUUUUGAUCGCAGCCAGUCUGGUAAUCACGCUGUAUUAUAUCCUGAUGGAUCUUCCAGCGGUAUCGGAACGUCCUGCCAUAGCCAGUAUUACACAAAUGCCAAUGUUCUUUGGGACUGUGAUCUUUGCAUUGGAGGGUAUUGGAGUUGUUAUGUCUUUGGAAAACAAUAUGAAGCACCCAACACAUUUCAUCGGAUGCCCAGGCGUGUUGAAUUUCGGAAUGACCGUGGUUAUCGCAUUGUACACUUCCGUUGGAUUCCUGGGAUAUCUUAAGUUCGGCGAGGACACAAAGGGAAGCAUUACACUGAAUCUCCCUGUUCAUGAGAUGCUCGCUCAGUCGGUCAAACUUAUGAUCGCUAUUGCCAUUUUCUUCACAUAUGCCCUCCAGUUUUAUGUGCCAAUGGAAAUUAUCUGGAAAAACAUCAAAGGCAACUUCCAAGAUCAGUACAAAAAUAUUAUUGAGUAUUCACUUCGAAUUUUCCUGGUGAUUGCCACCGUUGCUAUUGCUGCAGCAAUACCAAAUUUGGGACCAUUCAUCUCGUUGAUUGGUGCUGUUUGUCUGAGCACAUUAGGCCUCAUUUUCCCAGCCCUCAUUGAACUUGUUGUAUAUUGGGAAAGGCCCGGUCUCGGACGGUAUAACUGGAGGCUGUGGAAGAAUAUCUUCCUAAUGGUAUUUGGCGUUAUUGGAUUCUUCACUGGCACCUACGUCAGUGUCAAAGAGAUUCUAGGAGAAGUUCCAUAAAGACAUAAUUAGUGACCUCAUAAGCCCUCAUAUAUACAAUAUUAAUAAUUUUAUUACAUAUUCUAAACCUAGAAUUUUAGACGAAAGUUAGAAUUAAGUUAGGCUUAAGUGGGAACUUUAGAUUAUAAGUAGAAUUAUAGUAUCGGCUUCUCUUUAUUUUUUAUCUUUUUUGUUUCGAAUUUUUUAAUGUAAUGAACAGAUUAGAUUCCUAUUCUGGUUUACCCCAGCAGGUGAACAACAAAAGCUUUAAUAAUUAUUGUAAUAAAUAUUAUAUUUUAAAUGAGAAAACAUAAAAAAUAUAUUUUUGUUAUAAUCCUAUUUUUGUUUCGCGAGUUAACUUAUAUUUAUGUAAACUUGUUUUGUUGUUAUUUUUUAAGUUCACGGCAUUAAAAAGAAUGAAAUACAAGGACGAUCAGGAAAAUCUUAUGAAAAAUCUGUGACCAAAUUAACAAAUUAAAGAUUACCAUUGGCUGUAUACGUUCAGGACUUAGUUGUUACGAAAAAAACAAAUAUUUUCAAAUGUACAUUUGAAACAGAAAAGUAUAUCUAGAUUAGAGAAUUUUUAGUGAAAAAAUUCAAUAUUCUUAAUAUGUGACGUUCAUUGUAUGAACAGUAUUGGGAAUGAGAAGUUUUCUCACUGAUGGAAACAAAAAAAAAACAAUACAGAACAAGGCUUGUGCGGAACAUGAAACAAACUAGUUAGUUCUUAGUCUAGGGAAAGUCAAUGACUGCUUUAUUUUAUUUGAGGGAAUUUAUGUUGUUUUUGGAAUUCAAAUUUACUCAGUAUGUUCCUAGUAAAGCAAUAAUUUGUUUUUAUAAUAUUCUGGAUAUUUCGCUUUUAAUUUUGAUAGAGUAUCAGUGUGGAUGUUGCUAGAUACAAGUCGCACAAUAUUUUUAGACGCAUCUAUUUGUUUUUAUUUUUUGCUGUAGCUGAAAGGGUAUUAAAAAUGCUUACGUUAUGAUUAUGUUGACAAUACUUUACUAGAACUCAUAGCUAAAAUAUGAGCUUAGAUAUCUCCAUUUCCAGUAUCUAUAUUUAAACCGAACUAAGCUUGUAUCUGGGUAACGCCUUUCUCAAUAACAUUUUAACUGUAUUCAUUUGAAUCUGUUUUAGUUUCAUUAAGGUAAUCGAAUCGAAUCGGGGGAGUUGCAAACGUGAAAAACCUAAGUUGACUUAGAUCUACCGUAUGUCGGUAUUAUUAAAGCGACCUCUCAGAUUCAGCAGGCUCUGUGUUUGUGAUUCCCCCAGCAUUAAUUUCAGUACUCGAGUAUUAUGAUUAAAAACUUUAGAAAGAAA